ACUCCUUAUAAUAACGCGCCUCAUCACCAGUUCGCCUGCAUGCGCUGGCUUUUUCCCCAAUCACAAGCACACGGUUUUCCGUCGCAGCAUCAUUGACAUAAUAGCGGGAUUAUAGGAUUGACGCUGCUGGAUUCCUGUGCAGUAUAUGCGUUUGAUGAAGCGCGAUGGAUAACCUGCUCCAGUAACGCGCGCGUGAUUGAUCUGGUGGUCACGGAUGCUUCUGAACGCGCUUUGCAGACGCAUCGCCUUAAAGUUUCAAUGCUGACAUAGAGCAGAAAAACAGUGGAGAGAAGACAUCAGUCUAAGGAACUGGAAAGGAUAGAUCAAAUGUCUUUUUCGGGACCUUUCGGCCUAUUGCUGAAUUUAUCUCUAGCCAGAUGGCUCCAAGAAAUGCGCGUAACAAUUUCUACAUUUUGGGCUCCAGUAGGGGGGAUGGCAACGCUGGGACCGAAGGCAUGUCGGAAUGGAUAAGCUUGUCCUUGUGCCGAAAACGUGUUGACUUGGACGGAGUGUGGACCAAGUGUCUGAUAUCUGUUGGAAUUACAUUGCUCCUGGUUCCGUCCAUAUUUGCCAUAGACGAUGAAGCAAGACUCGAGGCAUCAGGACAACCCCUCAGUCCUUCCCAGGAUCCAACCGGCGGCCCAAACAUCACAGUCUCUUCAUCGCUGCUGGAGGACGCAGACUUCUCUUCGCAGUACCAUUCUCCACCGGCGAGGGCAGAAAGCACAAGGGAGCAGCCUGUGUUCGCCUCAGUGCAGACCCUGCAGGUUGCAGAGACACAGCCUCAGGAGCUGGUGCAUUCUCUGCCCUCCCCACCCGGCAACAGUGACAAUCGCACCAAUCAAAAGUCCCCUGGGGAGCAGGCCAUCAGAGUGCCAAAUCCACCAUCCCCGGCACAUAAAAUCAACAGUGUCUUGACCACUAGCUCAGACGAGACUCUUAGUGAAUUCCCCCGAAACCCUGAUCUUCCCACCGCCCCGGGAUCCUCUUUCAUGACUGUGGCAGAGACAGAUGCUACACUCACUGACAAUGUGACAACUUCAGUCUCCCUUUCCGCUUUAAACGGCACUUUUCCAGAAAGGGCUGAAAACGCUUCAUCCGGCGCUUCAGCAAGCAGCAGCUCCCACACUGUGACCAGCGACAAUCUCCAACUCACCACGGUGACCACCACGGCUGUCACGCCCUUAACUAUGACAUCAAUGACUGUGACUCCGCCCACUGCCAUCGUUGUGGCGAAAGAGGUCACAACCACCAUACCGACCACUACAGCCACCCAGACCACAACAACGGAGACGGAACCACCGACGACAACCACCACUACCACUACAACGACCACCACCACCACUACAACCACAAAAGUAGCACCAACAACCACAAAAACACCCACAACCACUUUAGCAACCACAACAACGACAACCCCUCUUCAAACCACUGUUGUAUUUACCUCUGGAAGUACCACGACUGAACCUAGCAGCGCUCCUACUGACAGUUUACCUUUGACCUGUAACGUGACCGAAAGAUUAUGGGUGAAAACAGUGUUGUCCAUCCAGAUGCGACGAAAUCGCCUAGAAGCUGGAAUGAGACAGAACCUGUCUAAAGGUUUCACGCAGACACUGCAGAGGGCAUUCAAUGACACCAACGUCCGUGUUCAGUUGGAAAAAGACAUCUGCACGCCUUCGAAUGUGACUGUGGGCUACUACAUCUUGAGAGGGAAGUCCGUGUUGGUGGCCUCUGUUGUGAUGGACACAUUAGCUUCCUAUGGCUUUGACAAGCUCUUGAAUGACAUCAGAGAGUAUGUUCCUGUGGUGCUGGCCAUCCCCAAUCCUGUGGCCCCCUGGCUGCCCAGCCUUGGCAUCCAUCUGCAGCUCAAAACGGUUCUCAGGUUUGUCGGACCAACUGAUAACAUCAAGUCUUGCGGGUUCAUCCAAAUGAUGGAGCAGCGGUUGGAAAAUGUGUUUGCUGAGGCGCAGGAGAAAGUGGAGGAUUCUUAUGGGACUCUUUCUGUUGAGAUUCUGAACACGUAUCAAACGGGGAAUUCGUUGGCAGUAUCUCUGGUGUAUGUGGUGUGGAACGGUAGCACUCCGUUAAACGGUACUGUGUCUAGCGGUCUCCUUAACCAGCUCACUGCCGAGCUGGUGGGCUACUUUCUCUUCUUCCCCCCUCUGAUCAUCGCUGAGCCUCUAGAGUACCACAACCUUAACACUUCAGUAGCAACUCGCGAUUACUGGGUAAUCACAGUAAUUCAGGACGUUGACAGCUCUUCUCUUGAGGGGAGUUAUCAGAGCUUUGCUAGUCUAAUGGAGCAGCGCCUGGCGGAGCUCUUUCUGGUUGCCAGUCGACGUGGCCUCCGCUUCAGGAGAGCUACGACUGUAGGUGAUUACACUGUCCAGAUGGUCAGCAUCCGAAGACUGUCUGGUCCUAAGAACCCAGCUGAAAUGACUUACUACACACAAGUAGAUGGCUCUCCCAUGACUGGCACUGCUGCAGCUAAGACCCUCAACACGGUGGACUCUCAGACCAUGGCUCUCACUCUGGGCUACUUCGUCCAAGUUCAAGCAGAGCCGGUGGUGAAGAGUCUGCCUAGUAACCUCUGGACACUGGCGGUCCUGAUACCUGUAUCGCUGGUGAUGGUUGUGGUGGUUAUGGCGGUUGCCAUCAUAUGCAGGAGAAACCGAACUGUAUUCAAAACCAGCGCGUUUCGCAAUUUUCAUCCCCGCACCAAGACCUCGUAUCGAAGAGAUGGGAGUUAUCACCACCAGCCCGUGCAGGGUUUCGACUACGCCAAGCAGCACAUGGGCCAGCCAGGUGAGGAAACUCUCCCUGUCACCAAGGAACCACUUGUCCUGUCCCUCCCGGUACGGGACGCCCCUCUUACACAAGACAGGGUGGCGGUGUUACAAGAUGGUACAGCCUCAAAAAGACCUCAGUCAACAGAGAUGCAUCUCAGCAGGUUGCCAAGCGAGGACGGCUCAGUUUCAAGCAAUGAAUCGGGGAAACUGAACACGGGUAGAAGCUCCACAGCUCUGAGAUCAACGGCACAGAAAGCACCCAAAGAAGAGCAGCACACAAGAAAUGACCAUUAUGACUCUCUAACUGGCUCUCUACGCCUCAUCACCAUCAAGCCUAUGGCCGCCCCACUCAACUAUUCCUAUCCCGACUCCUCCAAUCACAGCCAAGACUCUGUCAUCAUGAACGGAGAGGUCAACAUUGGGCUGAAGCAGAAGUCGGACAUCGAGCAUUACCGGAAUAAGCUGAGGUUAAAAGCUAAAAGGAAAGGGUACAGUGACGGGCCGGUCACUGGUAGCAGUGGUCACAUGUACAGCCAUCGAGACCGGAUGAGGCAUGAGAAUGCUUCCCUGGACCUGGAAGAUCUGAGGGGGCCGAAGGAGGACAGGAAACCCUCCACUUACGUAAAGUACCGCAGGAGUGACUCCCACAGGGAACCUUCAUACUGGAGCAGGCAGUCUCUGAACACCCCGAGCCCUGUAGAGACAGAGAUGGACAUGCUGGUCAUGAGGGAGAGAUCUAGGAGGGGCAUCCCUAACAGCGGCUACGAUGGUGAGCCCGAGCCAUUUGAAGAGACCGAUGUGGACCGUCUCCUGAGUUCCUUGGGUUUCGGCGGUGGUCACCAGGUCAAAGGUCACUCGGACUCGUCCACCUUGAGCUCGCAGCCCUCCAUCGAUGAAGUGAGGCAGCAGAUGCACCUCCUCUUGGACAACGCUUUUGGUUUGGCCUCUGCCGAGCCAAACCCGGGCAACCACCACCACCAUAACCACCUCCCUCACAGUCCGUACAACCCCAGCCACAGUAGCCCUUACCUGGAUGGAGUUACCAGCGCACCUGGGACGAUGAACCAUCCCAACGGAGCUCUACAGCGCGGCUCCUCCUUUGGGCUGGAUUUCCACCAGUGUAGCCUCCCCAAACCAGGAUUCAGGUUUACCCAGCUGCCUGAUAUGGGUUUGGGUUCCCCGCCACCCCUCAUCCCUCCAAGAGGCGGAGCACCACUAGGAAAUUCGCUAAGAUGCUCCACACCAGACAUGAGUCUGAAGCCUCGUGUGUCUGAGACCUCAGAGAUGAGUCAGCACAAUGGCACCCCCUACCUGCCAAUCAACCGAGCUCCUUUCCCUGCGGUUACCGUCGACGAGUCUAUGACCAGCUACUCAGGAAACCCAAUGACAGCAGUAUAUGCCAUAUCCGCCAACCGCCCCGGCUACUCGGACUACUUCGUCCUGUCUCCAUCCUCCUCCUACCGGAGUCCGUCCUGGAUGUCCUACCCUCCAGAGCCAGAGGACCUUCCACAUCAGUGGAAUGACACGGUAAAGACCCAGUGUCACCUGGAGACCAUCUGCUGAACUGGAGUCCGUUCUGAUGUUGAGCAGACCCUGACAUUUACCAGGGGUUUGAACAACCUAAAAGAAUCCUCGUCUACUUUGAAAUUUCAGAUUCAGCAGCCCCAGCUGACCACGACGCUCAGCCGAGUGGACAACCAGACCCACAAGCCACAAACUCACCUGCCAGCCUAAGCACCCUUAUUAACCAACAUCUACAGUGAGGGAAAAUCAUCACAACAACAGGUUGCCUCACUGGCCAAAACUGUGUUUUCUUAAAGCUUUUUCAAAUUUUAGAAGUGUUGUAUCUAAUGCAGGUGGUUUUAUGUGCGUUUUAAACACCCCAGUUACUAAUAACGAAAAAUGAACAAAAAAACGAUGUUUCCGUCUCGGGCUUUCCUUGCUUCAUCAAUGCCAAAAAUCGGUGUCUUUUGUUCUCAUUCAUGCAUUUUUUUAUAGAAACUUAAGUAAAAAAGCGAAGAUGACGAUGAAUGAUGUAAAAUAAAUCGAACAUUUGGAAGGAUGUGAGAUCCUGUACUGUAUUUACUGUAGUCACAAUGCAAAAAAAAUGUCUUUCUUUUAAAAAAUGCCAUAGUUUAUGCUGUAUUAAAGUGUUUCACGAUGCACAACCGUUCAUGAAAGGCAUGAAAGGUGCUAUGAGAGUAUUGGUUCGAUGUGGGAAGAUAGCCAUAAAGGUUUACUGGACAAAGAGAUUGAUAAAUGAUAAAUGGAUGGAAGGAUUCAUAUUUUUACUAGCAGUUUUGUAACUAGUGAAAGAGUAUAACUAUACAUAUUCUAUUGCCUUAUAAAAGGUACAAAAACAUAUAUACAGUAUAUGCACUACACACCAAAAUUGACUGGAAAAUGGAUUUAAAAUAUAUUGAUAAUAUAAAAUCGAAUUAAAACUGUAGCAUACUAUCUUAAUAAGACAUUCGCUAUAACUAAGCGAGUACGGUGUUACAGAAGUAAGACCUGGCAUGUGUUCUGAAGAGAAUGAGUUUAAUGCAUGAUGUCUGGACAUAUGAAUCAUAAGGGCUUUGUAUGUCAAGAAAGUCCCAUAUUUUCUUUGGGCAGUUAUAGGAUGGAAAUCUAUUGUAAACAGGUUAAUCACGGCAGAAAUAUCCAAUUAAAUAGACACUACCUGUCGAUGUACUUUACAAACCUUUAUUAUUUUUUUUAUUUAUUUUUUUUUAGUUUGCAGAAUGAAUCAAGCUAUAUAAUCGGAUUUGGAAAAUUACAUAGUGUAUCAUGUAAAUGAUUACAAAUACCACUACUGUUUAAUUUGUGUUUAAAAUGAACCUUGUCCUUUCCGGUGGUGCAGGGGAUGUGCAAAUAUCUAUCAUGUAUUUGUUCCAUUUUUAAAGCAUUUUCUUUUGAUAUUUUUGUAUCAACUGAAUCACCCUUUUUUCGGCCAACAAUGGAGGACAUUCUGCUAAAAACUGUAAAAUAUUGUGCUUCAGAUGUAUAUAUAUAUAUAUAUAAAAACCUUGUUGUUAACCUAUGUGUAAUACUCAUUAUGUGUACAUCAUCAUAACAAAUAAGAUGUUGAAUUCUUUCCCUACUUAUACAACACUAAACAACUCCGUAUUUGCCAAAUGUACUGCAUAUUUUCCUUUGUCACUGUAAAAAAAUAAUAAUAAUUCGCUUUAAACUUUUUCCUUGUUAUUUUCUUUUCUUCUUGAUUGUUUUAUUUAGCAUUAUGUAAAAUAAUCAUUAUAAUGGUUUAACGCCUUGAAGGACUCAUUUUUGUGGGUUACACAACUGAAUCAAAUCUAAUAAAAUCUAAGAAGCAUUUGAUCAUUUAAAAAAUGAUAAAAUUGCUCAA